AUGGAUGAGUCCGGAUAUGGUAUAGGUACCUCAGCAACCACUAGAGUACUUGCAGUAGGGGGAACAGGAGGGAGACGAGCGGAGAAGGGGAUUACUGGUCGCCAGGAGUGGGUGAGGACUAUUGAAUGUGUAGCUGCGGAUGGACAAGCCCUACCCCGUCUUGUUAUCUUCAAAGGCAAGAAUCUUUCCACCUCAUAUCUACCGACCGUUCACCCCGAGGUCACCACCGACUGGCACUGGUGUACCAGUGAUAUUGGAUGGUCCAAUGACACACUUGCCUUAGAGUGGCUCAAGAACAUCUUUCUCCCUUUCACAGAAACCUCAUCUUCGACCAAUAUCGCAACCACAGUACCUUCUACUUCAACCUCACCUCCCAUAUCUCAAGAUCGCCGUCUCCUUAUUGUGAACGGUCAUGGAAGUCACGUCCAGUCCACUUUCAUUGCUCUUUGUAUAGAAAAUGCCAUUGAUCUUGUCAUUCUUCCUUCACAUUCCUCUCACAAAACUCAGCCUCUCAAUGUGGCCGUCUUCACGCCCAUGAAGCUUGCAAUGGCCGAUGAUGCAGACAAGUGGGCUUCAAGCACUCCGGAUAGGAUUUCUAAAGGAGAAUGGACAAACUCUUUUGUUCAGGCCAGUAUCAAAGCGAUGACCCCUUCAAAUAUUCGAGCGGGAUGGCGAGGUUCCGGUCUGUGGCCGUUUAGGGCAUCUCUGUCACGAGACCAACUAACCAGCAUUGGGACGAUAUAA